AUGGCUCCCGGCAGGAUGGUGACCUCUUCGAGGCGUGCUGGGAGGGUAACCAACAAGACCAAAUUAUUGAUUUACAAAGGGACGGAUAAAGUGGAUUUGGGUGCAGCCGAAACUAUUGUUUGGGAAUCAAAUGAUCCAUCAGCGUCGGGUUCCGGUCAUUCCGAACAAACAAAACAUCAACAUGUAGGAGCAAUAGGUGUUGAAUCCGGUGAACUCCUGGAGCAUCAUUUACAAGCAGCUUUAUCAUCAGCAUCACUUUUACACUCUACAGGAACAUCAACGAAACCUUCUUCGCCAAAUGACAAGGCGUCUGCGUCGGCAACAUCGUUAAAACCAACUUCUUCAUUGAAUUAUCACAUUCCAACACCGGACGCCACAGGUUUAGUUAGGGAUGAUCAAUUUGCUCCAUUAUAUCAAGCUACUAAAUAUGUCGAACCUGUCAACUAUAUCAGAUUCUCAGAUACCGUCGAAGAGAGUUCUGGUGGAUGGGGUGGAUUAGGUUAUUGUAUGGAUGAUAAAGAUUAUAAAUGGUUAAACGAAUUCAACUCUAAAGCAGAAGGUUCAAGUGGCACCACUGCCAAUGGUCACGGUUCUACAUCAGUCAAUGGUCAUACUAAUGGAGAGACGAAAAAUAUCGGAAAUGGAAACCCUCAAACUCCCUUGAAAGAAAAUCAUGUCACGAAUAAUCAAUCACAGGCGCCUACAAGUGCAGGAAGAGGUAUGAGGGCAAAAGGAAAGGAGAAGGAGAAGGAGAAGAAUGAUAAUGUACCUACUCCAUUGUUCAUUUCUGAAGAUACUUUUGAGUACAUCAUGGGCGUCUUGGAGAAAUACGCAGAAGAUAGUGUACCUAUGCUUCAUACAAAUAUCUCACUUCUGCCACCGUUCUCGUCCGUCGAACCCAUGUUCUCAUCCCCUAUACCUGCGUCAUUUCUACCGAGUAAUGAAAUACCUCGAGAUCUACCCGAAUUGAAAGUACUCGCUCGAAUGGCUCGAAAUAUUUACCCUCAUUGGAAAACUAGACGGGAGGAAAGGGAAGGAAAGUCAAUCAUGCCUGCUUUGAACUACGACGAGACCAAUGACAACGAUCCUUAUGUUUGUUUCCGAAGAAGGGAUAUUCGUGCAACACGUAAAACUCGACGUACGGACAAUCAUUCUAUUGAACAAUUCCAAAAACUUCAAAGUGAACUUCGAUCGGCGCACAAUCUUGCUUCAAUGGUUGUCAAACGCGAACAUCAGAAGAAGGAAUUAUUCAAAUCUGAUAAAGAAGUCUGGGAAGCUAAAUGGAAAUUGUUCGAGAUCAAACGAAGAUGGCCAUCUUUAGGCAUGACGCGAGAAGAGGAAGAAUUCAUAACUGGAAGACCGAUGACGGGUGUGGUACCAGUCACAAUACCUUCAAUGCCAUUACAACCUACCUCUUCCGCGAAUAUCUCUAUAUUCAGGAAGAAACAACAUCACGAGAAAGAUAGGGAUGAAAGAGAUAAAAGGGAUAGAGCGAUUGAAGUUUCUCGCAAUGCAACCGACCGAAUACCAGUUGGUCUUGCGGGUAAAUCGAAUGCUCCUGAAGCUAUCAAAGAGCGAAUGGCAGCUCUUCAACAGAAAUUGGAUGAGAUAAUGGCUAGAAAGAAGGAAUCUGAUGCAAGUUGGGAUGAUUGCACUGAUAAUUCAUACCAACCUUUACCACCUCCAGCCUCCGUUCACACAUUCCGACCCAGAACUUCCCUCGAUCCUCAUUAUGCUCGUACACUCAACCGCGGUCGAUCAGACUCUGAUGAAGAGGACGACGAAGCCACGCCCAUAUAUCCCUCGUCCUUCAGAUUACGACGUGGGCGAGGUGGUGUACUUCGACUUGAUCGAAGAACAGCCCUUUACUCUCAUCGCAAAACAGGUCCGCCUACUUCAUCGGAAGAAUAUCCAGAUUGGCUUUUCCCAGAUACUGCCCCUCCUUCUAGCAAAUCAAGAAGGCCUAAAUCGAUCGAUGAGAUCGAAGAGAAUGACAUUGAAUCACCUAACAAACGAAGGAGACUCAAUGAAGCCUGGCGAUAUGACGUUUCUCGCGGUGGUGCACUGGGUGUCGGAAUGGGUAUGGAAGAAGAUAUCGAUAGGGUUGUAGUCGAUGAUUUAGAUUCGAAAUACAUUCGCAAUCGAAUCAGUCUUUUACGAGAUGAUGAUUGGGAAAAACUCAAACCAGAUAUUUCCGUUCUUGAUCAAGCUUUAACAUCUCUCAAUGCACCUACCGAAUUACCUCCUACACCAGUCUUUGUCAGACCACAGAUCGUACCACCUAAUCCUCAAAUAAUCGCUGCUCACCUUCAACAACAACAACUGUUACAACAACAACAGCAAAUGGAACAAUUCCAACGAUACCAACUGCUAGCUCAACAACAAGCUUUAGUUGCGCAACAACAACAAGUUGCCAUGGCUCAAGCUGCUGCCCAAGGCCAAGGCCAAGGUCAAGCUCCAACGCAAGGUGUACCAACGCAACAAAGAGCUCCCUCUGCCGAUGGCUCUUCAGUAGCUUCGCCUGUCGUGAAUGGACAGAGUCAGCAACCCCUGCCUCGACCGCAAAAUGUCAAGAGGCCGUCGAACUCUGGUCAAAUGCCUCCCCCUCAACAAAGACCUUCUGUAUCACCUACAAAUUCUAUCCAUCCUAAUCCUCAACAGAUGAAUGGAUCACCUCAAUUAGUGAACGGAGUUGUCAAUGGGAAAGGUUUCAACAAUUCACCUGUUGUCAACGGUAAUGGUAAUAUCAGUUUACCUAACGGCGCAACAAUGGAUCCAGCAAUGCAACAGAGGUUGUUAGCAGCAAGAGCGAUGGCUGCAGCACAGCAAUUACCCUUACAAUUGAAUCUGGAAAACAUGACUCCGGAGCAACUAUCAGAAUUAACUAGAUCAGCCCAAUCUUCGGGUUUCGGCGAAAACCUUCAAGGCUUCAUCGACCAUAAGAAUAAACAGGCUUUGUUGAGAAUGGCAAGAAUGGCUCAACAGCAACAACAACAACAGGUUCAAGCACAGCAGCAACAGCAACAACAACAACAGCAGCAAGCUCAGCAACAGCAACAACAACAGAGUCAAGUCGCUGCUCAGGCACCGGUUCAGAAUGGUCAAAAUGCCGUUCCCAAUGGUAACAAUGGCAAUAGUAGUCCAGCUCUACCUUCCGGUGGAUUGAAUCUCAAGUUACCGCCUCAUGCAGCUGCCAGAUUAGGUGCAUCAGGUAAUACAAAUGGAAAUGGAAACGGUCAACAAAAUACUCAAGCUUCACCUGCCCCCCAACGUGCUUAG